UGAGCCAAAGAGAUUUGGGUUGGGUUGGGUUUGAAAGUGGGUGUGGUUGGGUAAUUAAAAGGAAGUGAAAGUGAAGGGAAGAUGGGAUAAACCAUGGCGCAGGUUCUUAAUAUAAACCCUAUCAGUUGUUUGAGUAGAUCCCACUUUUACAGCACAGAAAACGGCAAACAAAGUUGGGUAUGUUUACAGCAGCAAUUGAAGUGCCACCCCAAAUUUACUUGCAUUUUUUCAGGCAACAACAGCAGUCGCAGAGAGGAACAAGCUAGGAAAUCGUUAGAAAGUGCACUAGGCGGAAAGAAAAAUGAAUUUGAGAAGUGGAACAAGGAAAUUAAGAAACGAGAGGAAGCGGGCGGAGGAGCAAAUUCUGGUGGAGGGGGUUGGUUCGGAUGGGGUGGCCGAUUUGGGUGGUCCAAUGGUGACAAUUUCUGGUCUGAAGCACAACAAACAGGCCUCACCGUCCUAGCUAUUCUUGCUAUGUAUCUUGUGGUUGCAAAAGGCGAAGUGAUGCUUGCAGUCAUCGUGAAUACCGCACUGAAAGCUUUGCGAGGAACAAGAAAUGGAUUUUCUUUGAUAACGUCAACACUCUUGAAAAAGACAUCUCCAGAAUCUUCUGCUAAUUUUGAUGAUAUGUCGAACAAGCCGGUGCUUGUUCAGGCAUCUGCUAAAGAGAGAGUUCAGAGAAAAUGGGGAAGCGAUUGAUUGGCCGUCUCGGGUUUGAAAGUCAGCUAGAUGUUAUGUUAUACAACAGAAGGGAGAUGUCUGGACAAAGAGAAUGGAGUCAAAUGGUGUCAAAGUAUAAAGAUUCAUUCUUUUUGGAAAUGAUCGAAGCGAAUAGAGGGCAAUCGUGUGAUAGAGAACAUGUAUCAUAGUGUAUAACGAUGUAUUAACGAUGUAUCGGUAGUGUAUGUAUAAUGUAUCGAUGAUGCAUCUAACUACGAUAAAAAAUUGAACCAAUAACAAUAUAAUUCAUUCAUUAAAUUUAUUAACAGUUGAAGUUAAUCUUAUA